UGGUAAUAAAAAAAGUGAAGGUCUUUCUAAUCUCGUUAUUACUUGGCGACUAAUUAUGCUGACAUAAUUAUUAUGUAAUUUUAUAAAUUGAAUUGCAAAUUUGGCGUUUUACUGGUUGCCGCCUAUACUCGUCAUUGAGUGACGUUUGUAAUCAUCACAUAACCUAAAAGUGUCACCAAAAAAUUUCAUUUUAUUCAAUAUUAUUUUGGAUAAGUGGUGUUUUCUCGAUGCAGGCGUCAAGCUCGGCCCCUAUUUUGCAAUGGAGCCCCGAUAAGAAGCACUCGGAUCAUGAAAGAUGGAUUUGCAUCUAUCCUGCUUACAUUAACAGUAAGAAAUCGAUUGCUCAAGGCCGCCGUAUCGCCAAAGAAAAAUGCGUGGAGAAUCCCACCCAUCAAGAAAUGCGAGACGUUCUUUCAGCUGCAGGUCUGCAAGUGGGGGUAGAAAACAAACUUUACAGCCGAGAACGCAGCAAGGAACUUCUUUACCGAGGUCGAAUUCGUGUUCACUUGAAAAAGGAUGACGGAACUCCGGUGAACAAAGAUUUCCCGACUCGGGAAAGCGUCAUGUUACAUCUUUGUGAAAUGAUCCCCAAAUUGAAGAUAAGACAGAAUAAAUCCGGGGGCGAUCAGGUCCAGAGCAAUCCGAGUUCGGGUAAAGGCAAGGGAAAAGGAAAGGGGCGCCGAUAAACAUUUUUUUUUAUAUUUUUAUUAAGUUACGCAAAUAUAAAAAAUUGAGCAAAAA